AUGAAUGCUGCUCCCUCGCACACACCUGUGCUCACUGGUAAUGGAAUGCUCCUUCAUUCCUACACCUGGCUCCUGCCAAAUGACAAGUCCAAAGCAUUGGAGCUUGAUGACACCACCACCCCUUCCCUACUACCCUACUCUCAUCAGCACAGUUUAUCCUUACAGUCGGAUUCACUGGACCUCUCCAGCUACAAUCGCAAAUGGGACCACAUGUUGGCAGAGAUUGAAGCCACUGGUGAGAUUGUGGUGGACUUAGAUGUGAUUGCUGCUGACCUAGAGGCAGAACUGGAUGCAGUGUCAUCCGAGGAGGGGAACACAUCGCACAACAUGACACAAGCUGCCGACCCAGAAAGCAUGUCCCUGCUUGACACACCUCACAGUGACACAGUGGCAAACAUGUAUGAUGACAUCUCUGUACUCGAGUUAGCUCGCACAGGAUCAUCAGACCAGUUGGACUUGCCAGGUUACACAGCCUUUGCAGCGACGUGCUCAGAGACCAUGGCACUUACAAUUGGAAGUCACCAUCUCGAACAUAUGGCAUUCAUGGCCACAGUUAUGAAUGGUACAGUGCUUGUCGCCAGUGGUCAACAACUGCACAGUGCCAAUGGGAUCCUACUCGAACCCCUCUCACUCAGUGAAGCCAAAUCCCAUGACAAUUGGGAUAAAUGGCAAGAGGUGAUGAAAAGUGAAAUGAACAGCAUGAGUAAGAUGGAUGUCUUUGAGCUCAUCAACAUUCCAGCUGAUGGUAAGCUCAUCAGCAUCUGGUGGGUAUACAAACUCAAACUUGAUGCACAAUGA